AGUUGUCCCAGUUGGUUUCAGCUCAUCCCCCGAGUCUUGAAGUUGUCUUGAGCAAACACAUUUUUCGGGGAAAAAAAGGGGAAAAAAGAACCCAGUGAUUGUUGGUACCGAACAUUCCUCAGUCCAUAACGAGGUAGUUGUCACUUGAACACCGUUAGAAAAAUCGGGCCAUUAAGACCACCAAAGUGAACAUUUAAAACACGAAAGUUGCAAAUAAUUGGGCGGACCGACGGCGGCCAUUCCUCGGUGUAGUCGAACAGUUCUCACAAUCGCAAUCAGAAACAAGAGACAGCAGCGAACACCCAUUUGAAAUUCCGGACGUCGCGUAGUACGAAAAAAAGCGCAGAGAAGCGAGAGAAAGAGAGCGCGCAAUGAGGCUCUUUUGGCAGAUCAUCGUCCUGUCAGCUGUUCUUCUCGAGGCCGGUAAAGAACGCGCCUUGGCCGCUUCCAAUGCGGCUGUCAACGACAAUGGCACGCCGGGCCGUCAAGCGUCGCUCUCGGCCACCACCACCAAAACAGUCUACGGUUUCUUGGACUUUACGACUAUCGUCAGCGACACGAUGAUGAUUUUCAAGCCAAGUAAAGCUGCAGGUAACAAGGCGAGGAACGCUUUUGGAUCUCACCGAACGGCGUCCGUCCUGUUAAACAAGUCGAACAAACCAGCUGCCAUUGGCAAUCGAGCGAAACUCGAGGCCAGUCAGCCAGUUCUGGAAUCGUCGGCAACUGUCCAGCUGACGGAAGAAACGCGGCCGGAUCAACCGCACGCCAGGAGCGGAUCGGUUCAAGGUGGUGGACGGUUUAAGCCGAGCAGACCACGUACGUCUACUCCAUCGGAAGUGCACAUCGAAGGCAGUCUGAUCAACUUCGAAGAAGCCAGCACCCAAGCGACGCCUCGCAGCAAGACGUCGUUGACGGAACGUUUGAAAAUUCCGCGUCGGCAGACGACUGUGGAAGCCAAAGCACCCGACUCCGUUGUGCCAUUGUAUUCCGUUAUCAAAAGCCACGUCGAUGUCAGUUCCAGAGUCGACAUCCACAUCGGCGGAUUGCCCAAGGUGAGUGGAUCUUCGGUCGGGAGCAGAUUCUUACCCAAACAGGUAGAAGUCAGGAUGGAGAUGAACAUGUCGCCGCCGGCUAAGCGAUCUUCUUCAGUAGCUAGCGUAUUGCCACCCGGCCAGAGUUUGGUUUCGAAAACGGUCGGCACGCGCAUCCAGAACGGCCUUACCACCAUUCACGAAACGUCCGUCAUCGGGACGACUAUUGACGGCCAGUACGCGCAUUUCGUUCAGAGCACAUCGACCGUGUUCCAAGAAACGGCGGCCACCGCUAGCGCCUUCGCUCCCGGCCGCUCGGGUAGCGUGGAAGUUGUCACCGAUAACGUGGUGACAGUAUCUGUUGCUAAACCGAAGAACAACAAACACGCCAGCAGUGGGAACAGCCAAUCUAAGCCUUCGACAGAUGCCGACGAUUUGGCCCAUUUCGCAUCGCUUCCAUCGCUCGAAUCGCUCUUUAAAUCUGUCAGCACUCCUGCCCCGACAAAGGUGGAGGAAGAGCUCUCCAAAGAGGAGGAAGCAGAGGAAGCCAAAAAGAAGACCCCGGAGGUAAUUGUUCAAGAAGAUUCAGCAUCGGUUGUUAUCCAUAAAUCGUCCCCACCAUCGGUGCCCAAACCAUCCACGUCGCCGAGCGGGAAUUUAGAAAGACGGGCGGGAUUGGCGUCUUCUUCGAGGGUUCGCGACACUACCCCACGUCCGCAACGUCCGGAUGAGCAGCGCUGGCGCUACAGUCCCACACCUAAACCUAAAGUGAGCAUCCAGAGGACGUCGAAUGCAUCCGGAUCUCGCUUCCGAGAACGCGUGACCAAUCAGAACAAUCAGCCGUCACGAGAUAGCGAAUUUGAAGAUCAUUCCGGUUCGAACAAUAAUUACCAAGAGCCGGAAUCACCCGAUCCGACGGAAGUGAUCACCCUGCGCGUUCAGAGCGUGACCCCGGAAGGCUACAGCAAUAUCUAUUACGAGAUUGCCACUGUUAAAUCGCCUUACAUCAUGCGACUCGGGGCCGUCCGCAAUACACGCUACGUGACGCUGACUCGCAGCUACACUCGACUCAUUACACCGACACCACCUCCAGCCGUCCUUGCUACAGUCGAUGAUUCCGAUUACAGUUUGCCUGAUUACGAGCCGGAGGCGUUGCUGGAACCGAGCCAACCCUUGCCGGACCCUGAAAAUAUUUUAGGUACGACCACUCCGUACGAACAAAUCUUGAAAGAGUCGAGCGACACGGCCACUUUGCCGGCCAUUAUCGUCGCCGCCACCGAAGUCGCCGACGAGUACACGUUGCGCACCGUGACGGAAACUUUCAGCACGACGGAACUGACGAUGAAAACCUCCAUUUUGCCUUACUUGAGAGCCGGAACGACGUCGCACAUGACGUUGACUCAAUCCUAUUACAUCACGAGAGUUGUGGUGGCCGUCAAGACGGUCCCGCCCGAAGAUUUGUACCAAUUCAUUCCCAGCAAGACGCUGACGGACAUCAGCACCAACUUGCAAGAGGCCGGCUCCGAGCACAACGUCCGACUCCUGCCGGGCGAACUUGAAUUCAGCGAAAACGACGAGUAUUCCGACCAGGAUGACGACGGCCCUAGGAACGAGAAGCGCGUACCGCCACCGCAAGGCUAUUCAUCCGAUACGGAUCUAUCCAGCAUUGGACAGGAAUUUGAUCUGUCUUCCGUAGACAGGCCUUCACCUCAAGUCGAUUUGGAACCAAGUUUGGUCGAUACGGCGGCUGAAUUCACCACUAGACUUAGCACUCCACCUCUGCCGAAUAGCUUCCAGCAGCUGGAGCCUUCCAUCAAUGGCAACGUGCCGCAGCAAUUGCCGUCCGGACAAGAGACGCCCGUACUAUCUCCCGAGCAAUUGCAACAAUUAGCUUUGUUCCGCUACAUGAAUCCGUACGCAGCUGCUGGUCUGCCGUUCGGCUAUCCAGGACUACCGGGUUACGGGGCGGGCAACGUUGGCGCAGGAACUCAAGUGAUAACCACAAGUAAGCCAGUGGUCAAAACGUUGGACGUCAUCCGGACGGAGACGGUGCCCAUCUGGGACGGCGUCAAGACGAUCUACAGCACCAUCACGAGAACCAAAGGCACGACGGUCGUGACGGAAACGGAAUACGGGACGGCGACCAUCGCUGCGCCCGUCAAUCCACUUUUCCCCGGGCAGCAGUUCACAGUGGUGAGCAGUCCCGUCGUGACGGAAGUGACGACGACCAGCACGGAAUUGCGCAUCUACCGCAUCAUCUUCCGAGCGCAGACGACCUACACCACCGUCACGUCCACCACCGUUUUCCCGACGAUGGUCACCACUUAUGUCUCCAGUACCGUGCCCAUCCAGCCGACCGCUUUCCCCGGCGGAUUGUUUCCCGGAUCCUAUCCGUUCGCCGCAUUCGGUUAAAAACAGAAAAAAAGAAGAGGAAAUAUGAUUUACUGAUAUAAACUUUAAUUGUGCGUUGUCUUUGCAUAUUUCAAUUUAAAGGCAAGCAUAACUUUCUCUCUCUCUUUAGUGUGUGUGUGUGUAUUUGUCUUUUCUCUCUUUUUUUUUUACCAGCCAUCGUCCACCUAAAUGAAUUUUGAUAUAACUCUGGCCCAAAUCUUUUUUUUUACUACGUGAACAUUUUGUGUUGUAUAUAUUUUAAUGUGCCGUCUGUGUUGUGUUUCUUAUCAAAAAAAAGAAAAAUUUUACCCCAUGUUUCCCAGAUAGACACGCCUUUACUCCUCCUUCUCCUCACCACCAAGUAUGACAAAAUUAUCAUUCCAGACUCAUCAUUAUCUCUUCCCUGUCUCUCCUUCUCUACCAACGUCGUCGUUAAUUUCCCACUUUCUCUUCGACUUUUUUCUAUUUAACUUUUUUUUUGUUCUCGGAAAGACAGGGGAUUGAGUUUGAUGGCAAAAAGAAAAAGAGUGGGAGGAAACGCAGCUGACAACGGCUGGAUCUUUCAAUCUGUUGGCAAUCAUUUUUCCACCUUUUUUUCUCUCAUUCCCAACUCUAAAAAUACAGUAUUUUCAAAAGAAACAGCGCGCUGGUCGCCCGCGCCGCCAUUUUAAACUGACCGAAACGUCGGCAAAAAAAAAAAAAAGAAAUAUAAAACUGUUACUAGGUAGUUGACCACUUAGAUGAGCUUUAAAAAAAAAUAAGAAUGGAAAAUUAUUUCUUAGCAUAACUGAUACGAACAAACUUUCUAUUUCCUAUUCUCAUUCUCCCUCCCCUUUUCCCCAUCUGUUUUCUUAUCUCAAAACAUUCGAUUCGCCCCAUUUCUCUGGAUGCAGAGAUGACAUAAUACAACGAAAAAAUCGGUUA